GUCCUAGUUCCGGCAGCGCUCAGCAUCGGCGCAGUUAUGGAGGCGCUGCGGGCGGCGGGUCGCGCUGUGUUGCGGAGUCCGCGUCUCGCCCGGCACGGUCUGGGGCUCUGCCGGCGGCGCACAUCCUUCUGCUUUCUGAGGUCUGAGGAGGUAAAUGCGUGCUCAAUUCUGCUUCAUCUGUCCUUGAAAAGCAUCCCCAGAGGAAGCACUUGGUAUGAAAGAGGUGUUCCUUUGUGUAUAGCACUGAUCUCAUAAACGGGUUUUGUCUUUGAUGAGAGUGAGCUUUUUGUUGGCUUUAUCUGUUGGGAGCAGAGCUCGAAUGGAUGCUUUUACAGUGCUUGUUUUUUGUGUCCUCUGUUAGUAACAGUGGUGCGAGAGCUCCUUCUUCUACCAGCACAUCCAGAAUGUGAAGUAAAUCAGCUUCUGAAGGAAGCUGAACGUGCUGAGGGCCCUCCCCAGGGAAUCUGAGGAGACUGAGGAGGUAAUUGUCCACCUCUGCUCUGCUCUCUUGAGACCCCACCAAAAGUGCUGAGAACUCCAACAUAAGAAAGACGUGGAUCUGUUGGAAUGGGUUCAGAGAAGACCAUGAGGAUGCUGAGGGGGCUGGAACACCUUCCUGUGAGAACAGGCUGAGGGAGCUGGGGUGUUCAGCCUGGAGAAGGGAAGGCUCUGGGGAGACCUCUUUGUUGCCUUCCUGUACCCAGAGGCCUAUGGGACAGCUGAGGAGGGACUCUUUUAGUGAAGCACUGAUACAGGUUGCCUAAAGAGGUGGUGGAUGUCCCUGCAGACACCCAAGGUCAGGCUGGAUGGGGCUCUGAGCACCUGAUGGAGCUGUGGGUGUCCCUGUUCAGUGCAGGGAGUUGGGCCAGAUGACUUUAAAAGAUCCCUUCCAGCUCAAACAGUUCCAUGAUCCUUUGUCAGAGGGUGCAAUGAUAGGACAGGGGAUAACAACUCUAAACUAAAAAGGGAGAUUUAGAUUAGACACGAGGAAGAAAUUCCUCACUAAUGAGGGUAGUUUUUGAACAGAUGCUCUUUGUCCUUUAUUUUUUUUUAAUAGACCAGUAAUGCACAUGUUGUUCUCUUCCCUCUAUUCGUUGGAAUUCAUCCAUAAAGCACAUUCUUCUGGAAGCUAGCUUGCACUCUUUAAAUGCCAAUCUAAGCUGUUCUCUAACACAGAGCCUAUAUAGGAUGAUUGCUUCCCAGUCACCUCUGCUUCAGCUGUAAGUGCUGGCCAUUCUGCCCCUCUCCUGGCAGCCUGCUGCUACGGAUAACAGCAGGUAAUAGUUUGGCUUUGCUUGCACUGAGACAGCUUGGGCAUUUUGAUCUGAGUGGGGCAGCAAAUACUGCUGUUCCUGAGGUGUGGCAGCACCUGAAGCGAAUGAGGUGAAUGCAGUUCAUAGCACACACUGCUUGAGUGAAGGAGCUGAGGCCUGGAAAUGUUUAGGUUUUGAUGGAUAGCACUGAACACUAUGCAGAUCUGAGGUCCUGUGCAGAUAUGCAGGAGCUUAGUCUUUGCUGGCAGAGCUUAGCCCUCCAGGGCUAGGGGCUAAGGGCUUCGAGGGUGAGCUCUCCUCCCAUUGUGUUCUUCCAAGAUUGUCACAGAACCAGGAGAAUGCUGUGGUGAGUGCAGGUAGCAGCACUGCUGCUGGGAGCACUGAAGCUAUAACGAGGUGAGGUGGCUUUGCUGGGAUUAGCCACGGGGCUGCUGGUACGUGGCUUCUGCUUCUAAAUCAUUUUGUCUUCACAGAGCUUCCCGAGAGCUGGGCUGACAUGCAGGAACCAUUGCUCGAGGGAAUGUGCUUCACUCUGAAGUAUCUAGGCAUGACUCUCGUGGAGAAACCCAAAGGGGAAGACAUGGCAGCUGCUGCCAUCCGCCGGAUCGUCGCCACGGCACGGGUGGGAGCUCGCAAGUUCCAGAAGGUGAUUCUGACAGUGUCUCCAAGGGGCAUCUCACUGCAGGAUGCCGACACAAAGGAGAUGGUUGAGAACAUCUCUAUCUACAGGAUCUCCUACUGCACAACAGACAAGCUGCAGAACAAAGUCUUUGCUUACGUUGCGCAGAGCCAGGAGAGUGGGGCGCUGGAGUGCCAUGCCUUCCUGUCACCCAAGAAGAAGAUUGCCCAGGCUGUGACUCUGACAGUGGCCCAGGCCUUCCAAAUGGCACUGGAUCUCUGGGAAGCAGCAAAUGCAGGCUCUAGGCAGGAACAGCCCCUUCACCCUCCAUGUGUCUUGGAGCGCAGUGAGCCCAGCAGAGCAAGUGAGCCAGCUCCCCCGGGGAGCCCUCCCUUCAGACACCAAUUUGGGGAGGAGGAAGAGGAGGAGGAAGAUGAAAACCUCGAUGAAACUUUAUCUGGCAGGUGCUUGCUUGGAGAUGAUGGGUGCUCUGUUCUCUUCCAAAGCUGCAUGGAGGAGCUGGGGAAGGGAGCCCAUGGACCAACAGAGUUGGCACCUCCUGUGCCCAGAACGAGCUCAUCUACUGCACAGCUGCCGCUGAGCUGGCCCCGCCUGGGGCAGCCCCCAGGCAGCCGGAAGGAGCCGGGAGGAGCUGGAGACCCCCCCGCAGCUGGCCCUGGGGCUGAUCACCCCAAGAAUCCCCUGAGCUAAGCCACGUCUCUGCAGCAACGGAGCAGCCACUCAGGAUUCACCCUGUGCCUGCACCCAGGCCGGUCAGUGCCUGCCCUGCCCCCAGGCAGGGGCUGUCAGCACUGCUGCCGUGCAGCGCAUGGACUUUGAUGCCCACUCCUUGUUCUGCUGCCCACCUGCAUGAACCGCCUCAAACUGCAGUUGCUCCCUGCUCCCCUUUAAGGCUGUUGGACUGGCGUUCAUUGAUCUGCCUGCUCCUGGUACAGGCAUAGCCACCCCGCGUGCCCUGAGCCUGCAGGAUGUAGGCGGUGCACCCGGGGUUGUGCUGAUCUAACUUUGCUUCUUGUAGUGGCAGCAGGGAGCAGGUGAGGCAGAGCAGCCCGCUGGGCACGGGGCUUGCUCAGCAAAUUGAAGGUGCAUAUGACCCUUGGGAAGCCAUAGCUCUUGGCCUGGAGGGGCCUUGCCCCUGCAGUUCAGCCCUGCACUUUCCCACAAGUGAAGCGAGCUGUUUUUUGAAAGGAAAGCUCUGCAUUUGUAGGGAAAUAAACUGAGGGUUGUUUUUUUUCUUUUUU